GGUCUUGUACUGUAGGUGGCGAAAUGUAGCUAUAAUGUUGGUUUACGACCCUUAACUAAAGACAAAGAAGAAAAGCUAACGUAAAGUAUAUUCGUGUAGCGUUAAAGAUGUGAAUAUGGUAUUGAAUGUAUUUUACGAGCAGUUUCCAAACAAUUCAAAGAAUAAAAACCGGUUGAUGUGUUUGAGAUGUAAAGGAGAGACACCUGACAGCUCUAUGGGAUGUUAGCUGCACUCUCCCAUUAGCUAGUUUGCUGAAUAGGAACAAAUAAAGCUAGCUAGCUAGCAACCAUCCACUCGGGCUAACGUCAUCUAGCCUUUCUUUUUCACCACAAGAAGUCAACCUUAAACAACUAGCGACUGUUUUUUUUUUCUUUUCAAAUUAAAACCAAAAGCUUCAUCUGUCCAUGGCUUCAUCGGACCUCAACAUGCAGGACAUGAGCGAGGUUGUGAUUGUCACCAUACCAGACACUGUGGCCGAGGACCUGCCCUCGGUGGUAGAGGAGGAUAAAGCAGUGCUGGUGACUGCGGAGCUAACCCCUCAGGCAGGGGAGGACGUCCUCACCAUAGCACCAGUGGAGGCACAAGCUGAGGCCAGUAGAUCAGAUUCUCUCUCAAAGGAAGAGGCAGUCAUUGUGAAGUUAACCGAGGAGGUGGAUGUUGAAGCUGAUAUCUAUUACCCCAUAACCUGUGGAGAUGCCAAAGCCACACUGGUCUGGAAGAAGUUUGUCUGUCCCGGGAUCAAUGUGAAAUGUGUCCAGUUCAAUGAGCAGCUCAUCAGCCCAAAGGAGUUUGUGUGUUUAGCUGGGAAAUCCACUCUGAAGGACUGGAAGAGAGCCAUCCGCCUCAAUGGCACCAUGCUGAGAAAGAUCAUGGACUCAGGUGAACUGGACUUUUACCAGCACACAAAGGUCUGCUCCAACACCUGCCGCAGCACCAAGAUAGACCUGGUCGGAACUAAAGUGUCCAUCAGCAGCGACCAUCCAGCUGACCUGGUUCCUGUCACCCCCUCAUCAGCUGACUUGAACGGAGGAGGAGCCUCGUUUCCUGAGGUGAUGGAGGAAACUUCAGAGUGGGUCACAGCCAUCGGAGAGGACUCGGUGACGUUCUGGCGUGCGGUGAAGGAGGCAGGACUGCUGGAGGAGGUGGUGGAGGACUUCCAGAAGGAGCUGCAGGAGGUGCUGAAGGGGCUGCAGGAGAGAGUGUGUGACCCUCCACUGCAGGUCAAAGAUGCUGUUUUGCUGAACAACAUUGUGCAGAACUUUGGGAUGUUGGACCUGGUGAAGAAGGUUCUGGCCAGCCAUAAGAGCCAGAUGGACCGUUACAGAGAGCAGUACACUCGCAGCCUCGCCGCUCUAGAGCAGCAGUGUGAUGAGCACAGGAAGCGAGCCAGGGAGCUGAAGAGCAAAUCUCAGCACCUCAACAACGUCCUGAUGACCCUCACCCCGGUUCCCUCACCCCCCCAAGCCAAGCGCCCCCGGCUGACCCGUGCUGUCUCCGGCCCGGCCUCAGUGAGUGCCGCUCCCACCCAGAUCACUCUGCCGCUCAGCCAGCUGACCAGCCUGCCACUGGGGAAGGGGCAGGAGCCCCGGCCGCUGGUGGCGGAUGCCUCCAACCUGGCUGUACUGUCCACGGUGGCGGGUCAGGAGGGAGCAGCCGGCGGCAGCAGUUCCGCAGCCUCCACGACCUUCGUUAAAGUCGCCCCCCAGUUCCAGCAGUUCCAGCUGGUGACGCUGCAGGGCCUGACCACCACACAGAGCGGCACCAUCCAACAGCAGGUCAGCAGUGUCAGUGUGGCAGACGCCAUGGCAACCACUGCAGACGAUUCACAGGAGGAAGGCCAGGCUGAUGGUGAUGAUGAAGGGCAGCUAGAGCAGGUCAAAGAGGGAGACGGGGAGCAGCCGGCAGAGCAGCAGUGA